AUGCCCCGCGAUCUGGCUGCCCUGAUGAGAGGUGAUGAUGAGCCCAAGGACAAGAUCUCCCGCGACAUGGAGAAACAGGAUCACCUCGCCGAGAUCAAGCCUUACGUCCAAGCCCUCACCAUCUCCGACAUUGACAGCGCCGUCAAAUUGGAGGAUGCCACGUUCCCCCCUGAGGAACGUGCAACGAGAGAAAAGUUCGAGUAUCGCUUCACAAAAUGCGGUGGGCUGUGCCUGGGUCUUUUCACUUCCGUUGAUAUGAGCGAUUCGUCUGCUCCUCUUGCAUCGGUCGAGACGGCUUCCAGUGCCCAUCACGUGUACAGCGGUGCCCCAGCACGCAAGUCUGUCCUCCUCGCUCAUUGUGUUGUGACCAAGACAACCAACCUUACCGUCAUGGACGAAGACAUGGAAGUUCCUAAUGACUGGAAGACUUCGAGUGCUUCAUCGAACAACAUCGGCCACAGAGAGGAAGGUCGUACAAUUGCUGUACACAGCCUUGCGGUCCUGCCAUCGCUUCAGAACCGCGGACUGGGUUCGACUUUGCUGAAGGCAUUUAUUCAGCGAAUGGAAUAUGUCCAAGCCGCUGACAGAGUAGCUUUGCUUGCUCAUGGUGAGCUCGUCAAGUUCUACGAAAAACUGGGCUUUCAGAACAAGGGUCCCAGCAAGGCAACAUUCGGCGGAGGCAACUGGGUUGACAUGGUCCUCGAGUUGAAGAACAACCUACACUGA